AUGAGGCUCAUAAACACACAAACACUCCAACUUGAGUUCUAUCACGGAGGAUCUCGUCGAUAUGCCAUCUUGUCGCAUGUUUGGGGCGAUGGCGAAGUCACGUUUCAAGACAUGACUUCAGUUGAUCCUGCUGAAGCGCUGGAGCUCGACCGAUACAGCAAGUUGCGUGAGAGUUGUAAGCUGGCACGAUCACUCAAACUGGAUUACUUGUGGAUAGACACAUGCUGCAUCGAUAAGAGCAGCAGUGCUGAACUCUCUGAAGCUAUCAACUCCAUGUUUCGUUGGUAUGCUGAGUCAACAAUUUGCAUCGCUUUCAUCCAAGACGUUCCGCCAUCAGGGUCCGAGGAAGAGAAAAAGAAAGCAUUCAGGGGAAGUCGCUGGUUCACAAGAGGUUGGACUCUUCAGGAGCUGAUCGCACCCGGAAAGGUAAUUUUUUACGGACAGGACUGGAAGCCGCUGGGAAACAGAUCGGAGCUCAAAGACGACAUAAAACUUGUUACUGGAAUCAGUGAGGAACUAUUGAAUUCGACGCAUCAUAUGAUGGAGAGCAAGCAAAGACAGUUGUGGCAAUACUCUGUUGCCGAGAAAAUGUACUGGGCUUCGGGAAGAGAAACGACACGGCCUGAGGACAUCGCUUACUGCUUACUUGGUAUAUUCGACAUCAAUAUGCCUCUACUGUAUGGAGAAGGUCAAAUCAAAGCAUUCAAGAGGUUGCAGGAAGAGAUCAUCAAGUCGACCGAUGAUGAGUCCAUCUAUGCGUGGCGACAGCCUCGAUAUCGAGUCGAGGGAAAGACGUAUUGGAGUCUCCUUGCGAAUAGUCCUUCGGCUUUCGACAUUGACCAUGUGGCAAAGGAUCUGAAUGGACUGAUACCUAAGAAGUCCAAAUAUCUAUCCCUUCGCUCGGGGGUAUCUACAUCAAUGACCAAUCGUGGACUGGAGCUUGAGCUAUCCUUAACACCCUUCCCCAUUGACAAGUCGGGGAGUAUCUUUCUGGCCUUCUUGAACUGUGAAUUUCGUCAAGGCCAAACCUCCAUCAACCCAGUCAUUUUGCUUCAACGGGCAGCAUGGGAUAAAGACUCUCACUUUGUGCGUAUUCGGCCAGAUAUACUUGCGCUAUCCAUGAUGAACAGCAUAAUUCUUCCCGACGAGCUUCUGAAUAUGAUGCGAGGUGGCCAAACCCUCAUAUUGAAAGAGGCGAUUCCACGGCAGAUCUUUGUACCGCAUAAUACCCCUGAUCUGAGGUACCUGAAAGGAGUAAUAUUUCGCCCGGAAAUUAAGGGUCUAAAGGACGAGAGCAAAAUGGUGAUUAGAGUACGCUCUCGGUCGCCAACAUGGCAGUACUUCGUCGAUACCCGUAAAGGCUCUUCCCAGACUGCAGAGUCCUACGAGAUCAAUUUUGACCUCGCACCUGGGCCUUCGCUUGGUUCAUUGCAAGAACCCAUCGUCCUUGGAGUGUUGGAGUUCGACUUGGGUAGCGCCGACUCCAAGCAAUGCUUGGUGAUGGGACUGGAGCCUUUGUUACCGAAUCCUUUCCAAACAACACCUCUUUACUUCUUGCCGUGGUACGCAUUCGAAGAACAGAGCUGGAUUGCGAGACAAGAUUUUACGAGGGCGUUGGAUAAGCCACAGAGGAGGAUGGAGUGGAGAGUAUCAGAUGUGAUAAGAGCCACAAUAGGGAUCGAAAGUAGAUAUUCGAGCUUGUUCUAUAGUCUGACUUUGGAGAUUGAGGGCAAGAGAAAAACCAACUCCUGGUUUCAAUGA